UCUACUUUUCUUUUCCAAACCUUACCUUCGUUAAUGGGCAGCAAAUCCCUCAACCCCAGGAAACGUCGAAAACCGACACAGCACAACGACCAACGCCGCCAAGAACAGCCUCUAAUACCAGGCCUGCCGGACCACGUGGCGGAGCUCUGCCUCACGCGCGUUCACCCUUCUUUGCUUUACUCCGUUUGCCGUUCAUGGCGUCGCUUAAUCUACUCCCCUUUGUUCCCUCCUUUCCCUUCUCUCUACACUCUCUUCUUCUCGUCAUCGAAUGAAGAAAUCCAGCUCUUGAGCUUCGAUCCCAUUUCGUCCAAGUGGGAGUCAACUCCUCCGCCCAUUAACCCUCUCAAUUUCCUCGUUCACCACCCUUCUUUCAUAUCCCGAAACCUCCCCGUUCAAUCCAUUUCAGUCGCCGGCAAUCUCGUUCUUUUGGCCGCAACCGCCCCCAAUUUUGUUCCGGCCCUCUCCCGGCCGCUCGUAUUCUCGCCGCUGUUUCGGACGUGGAGUUUGGGUCCCCCAAUGGAGACGCCCCGCCGUUGGUGUGCGUCGGGGGCGUCGGGUCCGGCCGUUUACGUUGCCAGUGGGAUUGGGUCUAACUUCUCCAGCGAAGUGGCGAAGUCUUUGGAGAAGUGGGACUUGGAGGAGGAGGGGGACAAAAUUGAUGAUUUCAAAUGGAAGAAGAUGAAGCAGCUGAAAGACGGGAGAUUCAGCAGAGACGCCAUCGACGCCGUGGGUUGGCGUCGGAAGCUUUGUAUAGUGAACGUGGCUAAACAAGGGAGUCUUUACGACGUCGAUAAUGACAGAUGGGAAGAGAUGCCGGCAGGGAUGGUGGCCGGUUGGAAAGGACCCGUCGCCGACAUGGACGAGGAAGUUCUAUACGCCGUAGACGAAAGCAAAGGAGUACUCACAAGGUAUAACCAAGAAAGCGAUAAUUGGGAGGUGAUAAUGGAGACGGAAAGUCUGAGAGGAGCACGCCAAAUGACCGCCGCUAGCGGAAGAUUAUGCGUUAUUUGCGGUGAUGGGCAGAUUAUAGUAAUCGAUGUGUCAUCGCCGUCACCAAAACUCUGGGCCGUGGAAAGCCCGCCUGAGUUGGACCCGUUGGCCGUCCACGUCUUGCCACGGCCGAGCCGCCCUGAUUUUUAAUUCGUAAUUAAUUCACCGUUGAAAGCUUCAACUCUUCAAGGAAGAUUUUUUUCAUGUGAUGGAAAGUGAAAAUUUGUCGAUUAUUGAAUAUAAGGAGUGGAAUUCUGUAUUAA